UCUCCUCCUCCGGCGGCUUCCGGAGCUGCUCUCGCGCGCCGGAGGAGGCCAAGUCAUGGACCGCAAUCCCUCUCCGCCGCUGCGGAGUCGGGAGGAGGAGGAGGAGGAGGCGGCGGCCGUGGGGGACUGCAUAGGCAGCACGGUCUACAGCAAGCACUGGCUCUUCGGCGUCCUCACCGGGCUCAUGCAGAUUGUUAGCCCUGAAAACUCCAAAUCCAGCUCAGAUCAUGAGGAGCAGCAGAUGGAGCUUGAUGAAGAAAUGGAGAAUGAAAUUUGCAGAGUGUGGGAUAUGUCAAUGGAUGAGGAUGUGGCUUUGUUUCUCCACGAAUUUAAUGUUCCUGACAUAUUUAUGGGAAUAUUGGCCAAAUCCAAAUGUCCUCGAUUAAGAGAAAUCUGUGUGGGAAUUUUAGGUAAUAUGGCCUGUUUCCAGGAGAUAUGUGUGUCCAUCAGCAGUGAUAAAAAUCUUGGCCAGGUACUAUUGUACUGUUUGUGUGAUUCAGACCCUCCUACUCUGCUGGAAACAAGCAGGUUGUUGCUUACCUGCCUUUCCCAGACAGAAGUGGCCGUUGUCUGGGUUGAAAGAAUCCGAGAACAUCCAGCUAUUUAUGAUAGCAUUUGCUUCAUCAUGUCAAGUUCAACAAAUGUUGACUUGCUGGUGAAGGUCGGGGAGGUUGUGGACAAGCUCUUUGAUUUGGAUGAGAAGCUAAUGUUGGAAUGGAUUAGAAAUGGGGCUGUUCAGCCUCUGGACCAACCCCAGGAAGAUUCUGAACAGCAGCCAGUGUUUCGAAUUGUGCCCUGUGUACUUGAAGCUGCCAAACAAGUACGUUCUGAAAAUCCAGAAGGGCUCGAUGUUUACAUGCAUAUCUUACAGCUGCUGACUACAGUGGAUGAUGGAAUUCAAGCAAUUGUACGGUGUCCUGAUGCUGGAAAAGACACUUGGAAUUUACUUUUUGACCUGGUGUGCCAUGAAUUCUGCCAGUCUGAUGAUCCACCCAUCAUACUUCAAGAACAGAAAACAGUGCUAGCCUCUGUUUUUUCAGUGUUGUCCGCCAUCUAUGCCUCACAGGCUGAACAGGAGUAUCUAAAGAUAGGAAAAGUAGGUCUUCCUCUAAUUGACAGCCUGAUUCGUGUCUUACAAAAUAUGAAACAUUGUCAGAAGAAACCAGAGAACUCAGCAGAGUCUAACACAGAAGAAACUAAAAAGUCUGAUUUAACCCAGGGUGACUUCCACUUGAAAAUCUUGAAGGAUAUUUCAUGUGAAUUUCUGUCUAAUAUUUUCCAAGUUUUAACAAAGGAGACUGUAGCUCAGGGACUAAAGGAGGGCCAAUUAAGCAAACGGAAGUGUUCCUGUGCAUUUGAAAACCUUCUUCCUCUCUAUAACCCUGUGGUAGAAGACUUCCUCAAAAUCCUACGUGAAGUUGAUAAGACCCUUGCUGGCAACCUGGAGGAAAGCUUCCCAAGUUUGAAGGUUCAGACUUAAAAACUAUUGGAAUUCCUCUGCUGAAGAAAUGAACUCUAUUUUCCUUGCUGACAGUUGAAAUUGACAAACAGGAAAUAUUAGACCAUAAUUGUUCGGUAUUAUACUCAUGCCCUUCUCCUCCAGCAUUUUUGUUUGGCAUUGGAAUCUAGUUUCACUACCAUCAAACAUCAUCUCCCCCCACCCCGCUUCUUUUCUGUAUUGGUUGUGCAGUGUUUUGUCUUCUUCAGGUAAAGAAGACAAAAUACAAGCUUAUGAUUGAGGUUCUUUUUUUAAUAUUUGAGGGGUUGGUGAGGAUUUUCUUUGUAACUCUUAAUUUGAUUUUUUAAUUUGAUUUUUUUGAAAGUAUCCCUGCUGAAAAGAAUUGAACUAUAAAAUUAAAAUCGUACCGAUUAAACUCUAAUUGGUAGGUUUACUUUACGUGUAUUUGUAUGUCUUUGGUGAUGACCUUAUCCACAGGUUGAACGUGACUUUAAUGUGAGCUUUCAAAGGCACCGAUGAAAUCACUCCUACCUGCUAGCCAGUGCUAAAAAUUCCACUCUUGUUAUCUCUUGAAGCUUAAGGUUAAGAUGCAAAUAACCCCAUAAGAGUAACACUCCAAGUUAUUGUCAUGUUUACCUCAGGGCAUAAAUUCACGUUCUGUUUUCCUGAGAGCACAUUUUAAAAGGGGGAGCACAAGGAUCUUGAGUUUCUGAGCAAGAGUGCCUCGCAGAGUGGUUAGGUUACAGAGGGAGAAAAAAGGAUACAUCAUGGGGAGGCUAGGGAUGUCCAGGUUAUUUUCUACUUCCCACUUCUGCCUUGAACCUGCCUUAUUUACUUGUUACUUCUUACUAUUGUAACAUUAUGAGGUGGUACAUAUUUUCAUAGUACUUUGAUAUGUUUGAAAACUUCCUAAAUCUAUGCAUUAUAAUAAAUAGUUUUUUUUAAAAAAGUGAGCAGUAUUAAAAUUUUUUUAAUGCUACACGGUUUGAAGAAUUUACCAAAAUAUUUUAGUGUUUGCAUCAGUUACAGUGAUAUUUUAAAAUGGUGCUUUCUCCAGAAGCAGAAAUAUGAAAUUUGGAAUUUUAUGUACAAAUGAAAUUGAAACUUAUUCUUCCCCCAUACUUUUUUGCAGAGGAGGGAAGAAAUUACAAGAGGAAAUUCAGUGAGCAUUUGUUAAAUGUGUCAAUCUAUUUCUAAUUAAAUUUGAGUUUGAUUUUUGAGAUAUUUAAACCACUUAAGACAGACACAGAAGAUAUGUUUUCUCUCUGCCUUUUUUUAAAUUCCCUGCAGUUAAUGGGAUAUAGCUAAAUUGUUCUCUUGGCUGAUCCGACUUUCAAGAUCAAAAGACGUUUUCCACUCUCUCUUGAACAUUUCUCUUGCCUUGCUUUGAAUUAGUUCCCCUGAAUAACUUUGGCAUGUAAGUGGAAAAAAGUUUGAAAACCAUUUCUCUUGUAUACUUCUUAAAUGAAGCAUAUGUAGAAACCAACCAUAGACAUUAAGAAGCAACCUGUGUUUAGGGUUCAGAAAAUCUUAAGUGCAUGAACUGUUGAACAACAUUUUCUAUGCUGCAGGACUGGGUUAUAGUGAUGCUGGUUCUGACAGUUAACUGUUAAUUUGAAUAAAUUGAAGAAAAAGAA